CUACAACGUGACAAAAUUAUCAGUAGCCUACUGUUUUACGAAAUCAGUCGCUACAUUUGUUAAUAACUGCAUUAACUAUACGUUCAUUUUUUCAUGAAAAAUUAGACAAUAUACCGUUAAAGCAUUCACUUUUGUUGUGCUUUAUCAGAAUUGUGCCCGAACAAAAUGUCGUUUCCGCAUUCCUGCAGCCGUUCUGUAUCCAUGAUCCAUCUCAACACAGAACCGGUUUCACCUGAUUGUCAACACCACUGUUUUAGGAAGCGUAGCUACUGCGUUGUCUAUGCGAAAAAACUGGGACAUGUACAUCUGACAUGUUUGGCGGAUUUGUGUAGAAUCGAAGGCUGACUACUUUUUCGAUUUACGCUUUGGCUUGCCUUGCCCUACGUAAAACAACAUUCUGGAUUCCCUGUGUUGCUCAUGUGAGCCAAAGAAAUCGUAUUGGGAUGGAGCACUGCUGUCGGACUUGCAUGCCGUGUUUGAGCAGAUUAUGGAACUGUAUUUGGCCUGAAUUGCAAUACCCGAAUACUACACGACCAGCAGAAAUUCGCACAGUUUCAGGUGAUAUCCGAAUCCCAUCUCCGAAGAAGAAGCCGACGCAACUGUAUGCGGCUCUGUUCGAUUUUGAAGCUCGAAGUGAAGAGGAGCUCACUGUGAAAGAGGGCGACAAAUUAUCUGUUAUUGAAAAACGAGGAGAUUAUGUGCUUGCCAAAAAACUGACUGGUUCUCUGGAGUCUGGUUUGGUCCCAGCUAAUUACGUGGCAUUACUACGAGAUGAAUUUGCAAAUUACAAGUGGUACUAUGGGAACAUCAACAGACAGAAGGCGGAGAAGCUGCUUCUGGCUCCACAGAACACGAGCGGCUCCUUCCUGGUGCGGAUCAGCGAGAGCCACAGUGACGAGUACACCAUCUCGGUCAGGAAUGACGGCAAAGUCUUCCAUUUCCGAGUCCAUCGGACGUCCAUCGGGGCCUACUAUGUGUCCGAUAAGGUGUCGUUCGCUACGCUGGAGGAACUGGUGCGGCACUAUCAGACCCAUUUCAAGAGCCUUGGGGUACCUCUGGUACAGCCAUGUGCACAACCGAGAGAGCUGUUUGACAUGGAACCUUGGGAGAGGCCGCGGGAGGAGUUCGCCUUGCAAAAGAAACUGGGAGAGGGGCACUUUGGAGAGGUGUGGGAAGCCCUGUGGACCAGCGAGAAUCAAAAGGUGGCAAUAAAGAUGCUGAAGCAAGAGGACACCAAACAAGAUGAGUUUGUGAAGGAGGUCCAGGCUUUGAAGAGCCUCCACCACCCAAAACUGAUCCAGCUGCUGGCCCUCUGCUCCAGGGGCGAGCCUGUCUACAUCGUCACGGAGCUCAUGACCAAGGGCAGCCUUAAAUCCUACUUGAGCUCUCCAGAGGGACACGUGCUGACCACAGCCCACCUGAUCUACAUGGCCAGUCAGGUGGCCGAGGGUAUGGCCUAUUUGGAGGACAGGAGCAUUGUCCACAGGGAUCUAGCUGCCCGCAACAUCCUAGUUGGAGAUGACCUGGUUUGCAAAGUGGCCGAUUUUGGGCUUGCUCGUAUUAUAAAGGACAGUGUGUAUACAGCCAGCAGGAACACUAAGAUCCCUGUGAGGUGGACGGCGCCGGAGGCAGCCAUACACCAACGCUUCUCCGUCAAAUCUGACGUCUGGUCCUUUGGGGUGCUGCUUUACGAGAUGAUGUCACGAGGAAAAAUGCCAUAUGAUGGUAAGAGUAACAAGGAGGUGUUGGAGAUCCUUACUUCGGGGUACAGGCUACCCUGCCCAGCCAACUGGACAACAUCUAUGCCAGAAUCUACUUCAAGACCAUUGAGGUAUAGAGACGGGGGAAGAGGGAGCAACUGCACUGUUACACACACACAUCUCAUGGAAAGGACUGUUCUACUGUGGAUUGAAAUAUUAUUUCUGCUGCCAACGUCAGCCUACAGUUGUAUUGUCCAAAUGUAAAUUUUUUGUUUUUUGUUUUUAAUGAGGAUAUGUGCAAUAAUGAUCUUCAGAUGUUGACUGUGAGCUCAGAGGUCAAGUGUGAACGUGCGGAGGUUGUUCCACUUUUACUGUCACUCAGGGUCAGCCCACCCCGUCUCACAAGGUCAAAAUGUCAUUCAUCAGAGAGUGCCAAUGUUUACAGUUUCUAGUCUUGCUGAAUGUGUACUGUACAGAUUCCUGGAGGUUGGAGAAGGAGAGAAAGUGAGUGCAAUGACAGGACAACUGUGGUCACAGGACAUUUUGGGGGGGGGGG